CGCCCACUCCCCUCUCCCUCCCGCAAACCUCAAACCCCACGACCGCUCCGCCCUCUCCGACAGCAGCGAAGCGCAACCUCGUCGGCGAUGACUCGCAUCACGGCGCCGGAGCUGUCGCCCUCGCCCCCGGACUCCCCGCCUCCCGCCCGCCGCUCCCCGGCCCCGGCGACCCCGUCCUCCCGCCGCCGCCCCUCCCCGUCCCCGUCCCUCGCGCUCACCCCCUCCUCCGCCUCCACUUCCGCCACCUCCUCGAGGCCCAGGCCCCGGCCCUCGCCCAAGAGGACCUACUCGCCGGCGCAGUGGGUCCCCGUCUCCUCCCACCCCGCCUUCGCGCUCCGCGGUGCCCUGGGCGGCGGCGGUGCCGCGUGGGAUGCCGCCGGGUCGAGGCUGUACGUCUGGGACCCUUCGGCGCGCGGCGCCCACCGGGUGUCCGUGCGGAUUCGCGACGCCGAGGCGGAGAGGGACGGGGAGGAGGUCGCCGUCGAAGCCGCCGUGCCUUCCGAGAUGUUGAUGCCGGAGAAAGAUCUUGGUUUCGAGAUCACUCAUAUAUCACUUAAUACGGAUGGGUCAUCAUUACUCCUAGCUGGAUCGCAUAACAUAAAUGUUAUGUAUGUACAUGAGAGGGUAUCAGAAGAUGGUGAUACAAUCAUGUGCAGGACUGCACCAGUUGCUUCUCAGAUUUUACCUACCAAUAACGAUGGCAUAAAAGUUCUGCAGACAUCUUGGCAUCCUUUUAGCAGCAGCCAUUUUGGUGUUUUGACAUCAGAUGCUGUUUUCAGGUUAUUUGAUCUCUCAUUUGAUUUGGAGCAACCAGAGCAGGAAUUUUAUUUGCAGCCAAUUCUACCUGGAAGAUGUCAGAAUGCUUCGUCAAUUUGUCCAGUGGCAUUCUCUUAUGGCAGUGAUCAUCUCUGGGAUAGGUUUUCGGUUUUCAUCUUGUUCAGUGAUGGUUCAAUUUUUGUGCUCUGCCCCGUUGUUCCAUUUGGAUGUGACUAUAGUAAGAAACAUAUUGAAGAAAUAUAUGAAGAUGUUAAUACAUUUGGGUUGAAAUCUUCAAAUCCAAAUGUUGUCACGAACUCACAUUUGGCCAUUGUAUGGUUGGAGGCAACAUUUCCGGAGCUGCUUCGUCAAUCAGCAGAUAGCAGCACACUGAUGUCAAGAGCUCGUGCAUUUGCCCCAGUAGACGAUUCUCUAACUCUACAGGGGCCUCUUUGUAGAGUUUGUGAGGAAAACAAUGAACUCGAAGGCAAGAGCAGCUCUUGUGAAGGUAAAGCUGUGGGUUUUGUGUACAGUUCUGUUGGCAAAGAUUCAGUUCUUGUAACUGCCUGGGGUAGUGGACAGCUCCAGAUUGAUGCUCUAGCCGAUGAAAUCCAACCACAAUGGAGCAUUGGGGUUCCUACUCGCCUUAAUGUUGAUUCACAUGGACGCAUAAAGAGCGUUGCUAUGAUAUGUGACUCUAAUCCACAAGAUUCGUCGGCCCUGAGAUCACAUCGCCCAUCCAGUAUGGGGUCAAAUGUGAAGAACAAUACAGAAGCUGUCUGGAUGGGACAUUCUCCUCCUUUGCUAAGACUCUCAAUUGUGGAUUUGGCAUUACCAAAAACUUCUAACGGUAGCUCUUUAUCAUUGUUUCUGGAUCCCCUUGUCCCAGAGAGAUUUUAUUGUGCACAUGGCGGGGGACUUGACAUGGUCACGUUGCACUUCCUGCCGUUUUCAUACCCUGAAAUGGCCUCCACACCACCCUCGGUGCAUCCUGUACUCACCACAGGCAACAGUGAUACAAGUUCUCCCUUCCUUUCUGGAUUUGUCGCUAUAGCGGAUGCAUAUGGCCAUGUGCAGUUAGUUGGCAUCACAUACACUGGCGAGUGCUUUGUGGUAGAAAUGAAGGGUUGGAAGGAGCCAACACCUCUUCAGCUUGACAUAUGUAGCAAGGACAUCAAGGAUGUGGAAUCUUCCACAACUGGAAUGAUCAGUAAAGAACUUCUUGCUGGUCCAGAUCCACCCAUACUUCCAUCUUCAACAAGCCUGAGGUCGUUGACCCCUGACUCCAUCGAAGGGAAGUCCACACUUCAUCACUAUAUUAAGGUUUUCCAUGAGCACUAUGUGGAGUAUGGGCACAAGGUUUUCAUCGAGCUCAAGGAACAUGAAGAUUAUGUAAAGACAGAGAUUGAAGACAAGCAGAAACGCUUACAAGCAGUGAAGCAGUCACUUCUAUCCAUAGAAGCCAAAGACGAAGAGAUAAACAAGCGGGUCGAUCGGGCCUCCAUGGUGUACGAUCUGUUGGAAAAGCGCAUAGAAAGCUUCAAGAUGCUGCCUGCAGCAAACAAGAAACCGUUGUCGCAAGCAGAGCUGGAGUUCAAGUCACAGCUUGAUAGGUUUGCGGACGUGGAGCUGGACGCUCUGCAUACUUCCAUUGCUGCCCUGGGCGCAAGGAUGAAACGGUUUGCCCAACCGUCCCUGGGCGGUGGCACAGCCGGCAUGGGAGUGGCGCCGUGGCAGGCGCCGAAGGCUGGGAGAGGCCACGUUUCGGAGUCCCAGAUGUUGCUGAUGAAGUCUUCGCUCGAGAGGCUGUCGCUCCUCAACGAGGAGAACAAUCAGAAGCUACGGGUUAUCGAGACUGAGCUCAAGAACAAGGAACAGCAGUAGUACCGUGGUCGGUGAUACUUGGUUUUGAAUCGCACCCAAAGGGAAUUGCUGGCAGAUGUUGGCUCAAAAACUAUGGAAGGCUUGCUCCUUCCGGUUCCUCGUAGGUUGUUGGGGGUGUGAAUUAUGCCCAUGGCGCCAAGAUUGUUGAGAAAGUAGUUGACCCUACGUUUAAUCAGUAAUUUUGGCACAAUUGAGAGGUGUAUUUUUGGAUUAGAUUAGAAGAUGUGAAGCCUGACAGUACUGUUUUAUUGUUUUGCUAACUUGGUGUGUUUGGUUCUUCCUGUUGGCUUAUUUGAUGGGUUAUUAUUGAUGCA